UGCUUGCUCUCUCUCAGUGCGUGUUUGUGUUGUCAUUAUUAUCCAGUGUGCUCCCAGCUCAGAAUGGCCAGAUUCACUCAGACUGAAACAAGAAGGCAGCAGCAAUCACAUCAGCCCCAUCCCGCUCACACCAGCCUGGUUUUCACUGGACCUGGGGCACCACCUACCGAACAACCACUACUACUUAUCCCUCACCAGCACCAGUACUCCCAGAUCACAUUUCCUAAACCCAUGAACGGGUCAGAAUCCAUUUCCAUUCAUCCGGAGAGCGGCAAUAUGAAAGACCAAGAUGCCAUAAAGCUGUUUAUCGGGCAGAUACCGCGGAACUUAGAGGAAAAAGACCUGAAACCUCUGUUUGAACAGUUCGGGAAAAUCCACGAACUGACAGUUCUAAAGGACCGAUACACCGGCAUGCACAAAGGCUGUGCGUUCCUCACCUACUGCGCCCGUGAGUCGGCCAUCAAAGCCCAGAACGCCCUCCAUGAACAGAAAACACUGCCAGGGAUGACUCGCCCCAUCCAGGUGAAGCCGGCUGACAGUGAGAGCCGUGGAGAAGACAGGAAGCUGUUUGUGGGGAUGCUGAACAAACAACAGACUGAGGAGGACGUGUACCGCCUCUUUGAGCCCUACGGAAUCAUCGAGGAGUGCACCGUCCUAAGAGGUCCUGACGGAAACAGCAAAGGCUGUGCCUUUGUAAAGUUCUCCACACACGCGGAGGCCCAGUCUGCAAUCAGUGCCCUCCAUGGCAGCCAGACCAUGCCAAACGGCUCCGAUUCUCUCCCCCCCCAGGGCGCGUCCUCCAGCCUGGUGGUGAAGUUUGCCGACACCGACAAGGAGCGCACCAUCCGCCGUAUGCAGCAGAUGGUCGGCCAGUUUGGCAUCUUCAACCCAGCCAUCGCCCUGCCAUUCAGCACCUACAGCACCUACGCACAUGCAGCACUGCUGCAGCAUGACAAUGAGCUCAUGCAGCAACAGGCAGCCAUCAUGGCAGCGAGUCACGGGGGCUUCCUGACUCCCAGCGUGGCCUUCCCCGCCACCCAGAUUCACCAGAUGGGGGCGCUCAACAUCAAUGGUCUCCCACACAACUCCAUGACCCCAGUAUCGGCUGAAUUUCAUCAGGCGCUGGCAGGCCUCAGCUCUCCACCAGCCAACAUUACCACUCCCAACAUCGUCACUCCUAUUGUCAACGGCUUCACGGGUAUCCCCCACCAUCAGCCCAACGGACAUCCCACCAUUGAGACCAUGUAUACCAACGGUCUCUCGCCCUACUCCACCCAGAGCCCCAACGCCGCAGACACCCUCCAGCAAGCCUUCACCGGAGUACAGCAAUACACAGCUAUCUACCCAGCCGGCACACUGACUCCCAUAGGUCAGACUCUGCCUCAGCCAUCACAGGUCAUCCAGCAGCAGCAACAGAGAGAAGGUGAGGGGCCCGAGGGCUGUAACCUGUUCAUCUACCACCUGCCACAGGAGUUUGGAGAUAACGAACUCAUGCAGAUGUUUCUGCCUUUCGGGAGCGUCAUCUCCUCCAAGGUCUUCAUGGACCGAGCCACCAACCAGAGCAAAUGUUUCGGGUUUGUGAGCUUCGACAACCCAGCUAGCGCACAGGCAGCUAUUCAAGCCAUGAAUGGCUUUCAGAUUGGAAUGAAGAGGUUGAAAGUCCAGUUAAAACGACCGAAGGAUGCCAGCCGCCCUUACUGACACAACCUAGCCAUCAGUAUUCACUGCAACAGCACAGGUUUUGAGAAAACUGAAGAUAUCUUGGAGUUCAACUUUUUUCUUUGAAAACAAAAAAAAAUGUUUUAAAAAACAUCAACACAAGGAAUUUUUGAAGACAUAUCAGCAUUUACUUAUGAAGAAGACAUAGGGUUACGCAGCUAUAGGAGGAGGUGUGGAGUUAGCAGAAACUACACAGAAGGACUUCAACAACAACGCAACAAACUGCACAGUGCAAGACAGACUAGAGAAGUAAAAAAUGGGAAAAAGAUGUGAAACUCUUAACAACAGAACUUUUCUCGUAGAGACUUGAAUUGUUAAUUAAGCAACAAACAAACAAAAAGCAGCAACAACAAAUAGAUUUCUAUAUACGUAUUAUAUACACACACAUAUAUAUAUAUAAAGAAAAAGGCGCUUGUGGCUUUUAUUAUACUGGACAAAUGAGGGUUAAAAGUUGAAGAUCAAGACAAAGUGGUAAAAAGAAGUGAUUCUGUCCCACUGAUGGACUUUCUGACUCUUUCCCUCUUUCUCUAAUUCUCUCACUGUCUUUCAGCAAGCGCAGAACUAUGGCUUUCUCGGGUCACUGAGGUUUCCAUUAGCUACAGUACAUCUGGAAAUAUUUCACCCCUAAGGGACCAAAGGACCAAACAUUUGUAUUGUUCUAAACGGUAAUAUAUACUAUUAUUGAUUCUAAUACUGCAAACUACAAUUAAUAAUGUUACAAGUUAAAACAAGUUCCAAGUUACAAGUUCAAGAAGAAACUUACUAGCUUCCGGUUGGAGGAGGAAAAGGGGUUUGGUUUAUUCUCCUUUUACAUUUAUAGCUACUGGGUUUGAGAAUAUUUAAACAAAAUAUAAAAAAGAUAAAAAUAUUUGAAAAGCUAUACUAUUUUAGUGGACGUAGAAUAUGUGGAUUAGAGAUUGUUUCGGGCAUGUUCAGAUGUUCUUUUAGCAGUCAUCCUUCACCCUUACAUUCCAAAUCUGCACUUUUCAUUUUCGACAUAUCUCUCUCUAGUAACUUCUCUGUGUGGGAGAAAUAAGGCAACUCUGAGUAGUUGCACAUGAAGCUCAACACAGUAGUGCCAAAAGAUAUCCUGUAAAUUGUGUCAAACCAAACAUUGAAGACAUACAGUGUAUUGAGAAAUGUCUUCAAUCAUCUGCUGUUUCUAGUCCUCUGUCAGUGCACUGCAUUCCAUCGUGAUGUAUUGUCAUUGUAUACCCCCAUCUUUUUCAUUGCAGAAAAAGGCAUUCCGUGUCAGGAAAAAGCGAGGCAGCAUCAUUAAAGCACUGACAAUACAGUUAAUCUGACCACUAAGCACAGCGGUAAAAGUGCCACCCAGUAGUGUGGAUAUGUAGUAAAGAAGUGCAACACCUUCAACUGGUUAAUAAAAUAUACAAAUUACCCUGACAAUGGUUAUAAAAUUGCUAUCCAAGCUGCGCAAGGCUUGCCGGGUCCUGCCCCCUUCCGCUGCCAACCUUCUCCAGCUGCUUUCUGCAGGGGGGCAUCAUUUUACGGGGACCUGAGAGCUAACGCGCAUCAUAAUUAGGGUAAUGCUAAUAUUGAUCAGAUGGAGAGCAACACUGCAGGGCAAAAGAUGCACAAUCAAUUAACACACAUGACAUAUAUCUAAUACAUUCCUGGAAUGGAAACAAAUGGUUCUAUGUAGCAUAGCAGCAAGCAAUGAGGUCAAACGGAGGCCUGCUUGUUUGCUCUAGAUGGGACUUAACUAAAGAGCAGAUGCAGUCUUUCCAUUGGGCACAAUAGCACACUGAGAGGAGAGCUCUUACACCAUGAGGAACAGCUUGGCUUUAGCAGCCUUAGGAGGUCAAAUUAAUAGAAAAAUUAUCCAUCAAUUAGACUGCAGCAGGCAUGACUUUAAAUGUGGUUACUGCAGCUGCUGCUCGGAAGGAAAGUCAAAACCAGGAACACAAACUCUGCCACAGAGGGACAACAUUGAAGCAUACUAUUAGCCUUAACAACCAAUCCUGUGUUUUCUAGUAGCUGGCAACACAUAUGGCCAGAUUGAUUAGAAAAAGUAAACUGUUACAGCAGUAUAAGUUACUAUUCCAAUAAAAUAUGAACAUGCUUUACACUAAUGAUAUGUCUGGGAUGAAAUUGGUUUGAAGAUGUGUCUCUUCAGUUGUAAUAGUAGUUCUACUCAAUUCUAUUCCCUUUUCUAAUUUCCAUCGCAAAGCUGUUCUAUUAUCAUACUCAUUCUCCUCUGAUGCCUAUCCAUCUCCCACUGAGGCAUCUCCCUCCCUCUCUCUCUCUCUCCCUCCCUCUCUCUCCCCCUCUCUCUCUCUCUCUCUCUCUCUCU